GGGGAGGAAGCUGCAGAGCCCAGCCGCCGCCAUGGAGUUCUCCGAGCUGAUCAAGACAGCGACAGUGGAGAGCGUGCUGCUGUCAUGCACGGGGCUGCCGCCGGUGAGGGGCACGCUGUGCAUCACCAGCCACCACCUGCUCCUCUCCUCCUGCCCCGGGGGGGACGGCCAGCCCGGCACCGUGGAGCUCUGGCUGCUCAUCCGCAACGUGGACGCCGUGGAGAAGAGAGUGCAGAAUUUAGGCUGGUACCAACCCCCCCGGACUAACGACUCCCCGCGAGACACCAGGCUCGCUGGCUCCUCCGGCACCAUCACGCUGCGGUGCAAAGACCUGAAGGUGCUGCAGCUGGAGAUCCCGGGCAUGGAGGAGUGUCUGAACAUUGCCAGCUCCAUCGAGGCCCUCUCCUCGGUGGACUCCGUGAUGAUGAUGUACCCGUUCUUCUACAGACCUCAGGACCUGCGGCUCGAGGAGGGGUGGCACCUCUUCCCCCUCGAGCAAUACUUCCAGCAAAUCGCCACGCAGACGAGCCAGUGGCGGCUGAGCGACUUGAACAGGGAUUUCACCACCUGCCCCACGUACCCUGCGGAUGUCAUCGUGCCGGCGGCCGUGAGCGACGACACCUUGCGGAGGGCGGCCCGGUUCCGGCAGGGAGGGCGCUUCCCCGUCCUCAGCUAUUACCACCCCAGGAAUGGGACCGUGAUGCUCCGCAGCAGCCAGCCGCUGACAGGCCCCAACCGAAAGCGCUGCCCCGAGGACGAGGUGCUGCUGGGGACGGUCCUGGAUGAGGGGGAGCGGGGCUUUAUCAUCGACACACGGUCGGCCCAGGCAGCGAAGCAGGCACGGAUGACGGGGGGCGGCACGGAGCCCAAGUCCUCCUAUCCUCAGUGGAAGCGGCUGCACCGGCCCCUGGAGCGAGGCCGCCCGCUGCAGGAGAGCUUCAUUAAGCUGGUGGAAGCCUGCAACGAUGCCUCGCUCAGCAUGGACCGCUGGCUGAGCCGGCUGGAGAGCUGCCGCUGGCUGAGCCACGUCAAGGCGGCCCUGAGCACGGCCUGCCUGGCUGCACAGUGCAUGGAUAGGGAGGAGGCCAGUGUGCUGGUGCACGGCGCAGAGGGGACAGACACGACGCUGCUGGUGACAGCGCUGGCGCAGGUGAUCCUGGACCCGGGCUGCCGCACGAUGGUGGGCUUCCAGGGGCUGCUGGAGCGGGAGUGGAUCGAGGCCGGCCACCCCUUCCACCUCCGCUGCGCCCGCUCUGCCUACUCCCACGCCCGGCUGAAGCAGGAGGCACCGCUGUUCCUCCUCUUCCUCGACUGCGUGUGGCAGCUGAGCCGCCAGUUCCCCUUCUCCCUGGAGUUCGGCGAGAGCCUCCUCCUCACCCUCUUCGACAACGCCUACGCCUCUGACUAUGGCACCUUCCUCUGCAACAACGAGAAGGAGAGAUGCCUGUGUAAAGUGAAGGAGAACACGCACUCCCUCUGGGCCUGGCUGAACCAGCCUGAGGAGAAGAAGAAGUACCUGAACCCCCUCUACUCGCACAACCCGCUGGUCAUCUGGCCCUCCGUGGAGCCCCAGAGCAUCCAGCUGUGGCAGGGCUUAUUCUUCCGAUGGAUCCUUCCCUCCCAGUACCUAGACGAGGCCCGGGCAGAGAUGCAGCGGUUGGUGGAGGGCAACGAGGCGCCUGCCAAGGAGAGCGCAGGGAGCAGGCUGAGCCGGUCGCUCUCUGACCCUGCUGCCAGGACAGAGAACGAAAGAUGAGCAGCAGCACAGGCACUUCGGUCCUGGCAAUCACAUCCCCCUCACCCCGUCACCAUGGGCUGAGGGGUCAAGGCGAUGCAGAAGUUUUCCACAGGACGUGUGCGGGACACACGCCCUGGGGAGCCCAGGGAAGCCUGUGUGUACCAGCAGCGUGGAGGACAGCCCAGGGAGAGGGGGGACAGAUGCACUUGAGCAGCCUCUCGGCCACGCAGACUGAAGGUGUCACAGUAAAGUGGUCUCUCGCA